AUAUAUAUAAUAUAGUAUAUACCAAUGCCAUAUAAAAAGCAGAGCACUCGCACUUUGGCAGUCAGAUUUAUUCGAAAUCCCCAGGGAAAAACAUGAAACCCCUCCAAGUCGCCGGAACUCUGAUGCUUCUUUUCUGCCUUUUGGCAGCUGUAAAUGCUACGCCGGGAAAGGUGUACAUCAAUGGCAAAUGCAUCGACUGCAAUAAGCCCGAUAACGAUCCGGGCAUUAUAAUUCCUCCAGACCAUAACUCAGCGGGUUCCAUGUCGUACACUUUGACAUCUGGAGCGAUCCUCUUUGGAAUUAUAUAUAAUAUAUUCAGUUGAAUUCCGUGCUAAGCGGUACGCUAAUAAAAUUUGCGAACUAAGA